GAGGUGGUGACGCGGCCGAGGAGGAUGAGAGAGGCGGCAGUAGCAGUGGUGCCCUCUUCGUGAAGAAGGGAGAAAGGGAAACGGUGGUUUUGACGGAGGACGGAGAGAUUUCCACGGUGCGAAUUAGCGACGGGAUAGAGAAUGGGAGGUUUCAUAUCGAGUUCAUCACUUUGGAGCCAAACGCCCUCUUCCUCCCUGUUCUUCUCCAAUCCGAAAUGGUCUUCUAUGUUCACACAGGGAGUGGGCAGAUUAAUUGGACUGAUGGAGAUGAAACCAAACAGCUGGAAUUGAGAAAAGGAGAUAUAUAUAGGCUGCGACCGGGAACUGUUUUCUACAUUCAAAGCAGCUUAGAGAUGGAGAGGCAGAAACUUAGAAUUUAUGCCUUCUUUGCCAAUGCAGAAAAUGACUUGCAUGAACCAGCAAUUGGACCAUACUCAAGUAUACGCAGAUUGAUUCUAGGCUUUGAUAAAGCCGCUCUAUCAGCAGCCUUUGGGGUUCCUUUGGAAGACAUAGAAGAGAUUACUGGCGCUGCGGAUCCUGGAGCUAUAGUGCAUGGAUUGGCAAAGGCCAAGAAAACAGUGGACAUGGAAUUUGAUUUCAUCAAAGCACUUCUAAGUGGCAGUGGCUAUAUCAGCUUAUAUCAUGCCCAAAACAAGAAAAAGACUAGACAGUUCAAUGUUUUCUCGAAUGACCCCGACUUUGAAAACUGCAAUGGGUGGAGCACAGUAGUAUCGAAGAAGCAGUUGUCUGCAUUGAAGGGCAUUGAUAUUAGCCUUUUCAUGGUAAACUUGACCAAGGGCUCAAUGAUGGGGCCACAUUGGAACCCAAGGGCUACUGAGAUUGGAAUCGGCUUACAAGGACAAGGAAUGGUCACGGUGGUUUGCCCCGGGCCGACAAACAGAACAGGCUGCAAAACCAUGAGGUUCCACGUCGAGGAAGGUGAUGUGUUUGUGGUGCCGAGGUUCCAUCCCAUGGCUCAGGUGUCUUUCAACAAUGACUCAUUCAUUUUCAUGGGAUUUAGUACGGCGGCAAAGAACAACCAUCCUCAGUACCUGGCAGGCAAAGCCUCUGUGUUUCAGACUUUGGACAGAGACAUUAUAUCCGUCUCUUUAAACACCAACAACAAGACAGUAGAUAAGAUCUUGAAUCAGCAAGAGCAGGCGAUAAUCCUGGACUGCACAUCUUGUGCGGAGGAAGAGUUCAAGAUAAUGAAAGAUGAAAUUGAAAAGUCAAAAGAGGAAGCAAGGAAGAAAAAGGAAGAGGAAGAAAAGAAGAAAAGGGAAGAGGAAGAAAAGAAAAAGGAAGAGGAGAGAAAAAAACAGCAAGAAGCUAGAAAGAGAGAAGAUGAAAAGAAAAGGCAAGAAGAAGAAGCUAGGAGAGAGGAGGAAGAGGCAAGGAAGAAAGAAGAGGAAAGACGACAGGAAGAGGCUGCCAGAGAGGCAGCUAGGAAAGAAGAGGAAGAAGCUAGGAGAGAGGAGGAAGAGGAGAGAAAGAAACAAGAAGAAAUGGAAAGGCAAAAAGAAAAAGAAGAAGAACGAAAGAGGAAAAAGGAAGAGGAAAGGCAACAAGAGGAAGAAGCUAGGAGGAAGGAGGAAGAGGCAAAGAAACAGGAAGAGCAGAAACACCAAGAAGAAGAGGCUGCCCGGGAGGCAGCUAGAAGGGAAGAAGAAGCUAAAAGAGAGAAGGAAGAGGCAAAGAAAAGGGAGGAACAAAAGAGAAAGGAAGAAGAGGCAGCUCAAGAGGCAACUGAAAAGGAAGAAGAAGCAAAGAGAGAGAAAGAAGCAAAGAAGAGAGAAGAGCAACAAAAACGUGAAGAAGAAGCUGCCGAAGAGACAGCCAGAAGGGAGGAAGAAGCAGCUAGACAACAGGAAGAAGAAAGAAGGGAAGCAGCAGCUAGGCAACAAGAGGAAGAAAGAAGAAAAGAGGCAGCUAAAAAGGAGGAAAAAGCUAGGCAGCACGAAGAAGAACAGGAGGAAGAACGUGAACAUGAAGGUGGUGGGUGGGAGUGGGGAGAGGGAGGUCCAAGCAUAGAAUGGGGAAGAAGAAUCAUGAAGAAAGCUAGGGGGAAGACUUUCAUAUUGCCCUAAUGACUCAGUUUUCCAAAACUUGUUGUGUUCAUAGUUUUUGAAUAAGCAUAUCAGAACUUGUUCUUGCAUUGACCCUGUGUCUGUUUUGCAAAUAACUUUUGUCCCCAACCUAAUGUUAUAACCACUUUUCAUUAGCUUUGGUACGAAUCAAU